AUGUCACUGCGCAUAGCAGGACUAUGUCUGCGUAUCACCAGCAGUGCAUGUCGCUAUCCCACUACAGCUUUGCGCCACCCUUCCCCUACGACAUUCCAAACAUUCCACCGAGUCUCGAGUCGCAACUUCCACCGUCAUCAUGGUCAACGCCCCUCAAUAGCACUUGCUCGCAGGGCAAUCCCCAAAUCCUCCAUCCGAUCCAUACAGAACCAACGAUUCCAGUCCUUCACUCCGCCCUCUCCUGAAUCCCUAGGCAAAGCUGUGCCUGCAAAACAGUUCCCUCGUUCUCUAAAAUGGGGUCGUAGACUCUUCUACGUCACCGCUGUGACAGGCACCCUCUACCUUCUUGAUACCCAGCUCUACGCCUCCUCUAUAACGCGAUCCCUUCGAACUUUUGGUCUGGGAAUAGCAGUGGCGCUGGACUACAAGCUCAACUUCCGCCCCGAACCCUUUUUCGGUGGAGAUAUACCUAGCUUGCAUAGACGCAAUGCGGAGAAGCUGUUUGAGCUGCUGCACCAUAAUGGUGGGCUAUAUCUGAAGAUUGGGCAGGCGAUCGCCAUGCAGAGUGCGGUUCUGCCGCCGGAAUUCCAAAAGAUGUUUGCGCGCAUGUUCGACGAUGCGCCGCAGAACACGUGGGCAGAUGUCGAGAAAGUCAUAAGGGAGGAGUUUGGUGGCAGAAGUCCCGAAGAGGUGUUUGGAGUUAGCUUCAGCAAUGAGUCUGGAAGGGGGCUUAUGGAGAAGAAAGCCAGGGCAUCGGCGUCGGUGGCCCAGGUUCAUUGGGCGAGAUUGGCGGACGGGAGGGAGGUUGCUAUCAAAGUGCAGAAGAGGGAGAUAGCGCAACAAGUUGACUGGGAUUUAUGGGCUUUCAAGGUUGUGAUGAGGGUCUAUACUUGGUAUUUUGACCUCCCAUUCUACAACAUGGUUCCCUACAUCACCGAAAGGCUCCAGCUUGAGACAGAUUUUGAGAAUGAAGCCAAAAAUUCAGAGGAGAUGGCUAGAUUAAUCGCUGGCGAGCCCCGUCUUCGUGGCAGAGUCUACAUUCCUGAAGUAUACCGAGAUCUUUCUUCCAAGCGGAUCAUGACUACCGAAUGGAUAGAGGGAGUCCGACUCUGGGACAAAGAGACUCUGACUGGGACCUGGCUCGGUGGUACUGGUCGCGGUUCUCCAGGAGUGAAAGGUACACCUCUCUUGCCCCCCAAGUCUACACGCCAAAACGACGGUACGGGGCUACUCAAACCCGAGCGUGAUGAAUGGAGAGGUCGCUCCGGUAAAGGUGGUCUAGGACUAUCUCUGAAGCAAGUAAUGACCACAAUGAUCGAUCUCUUCUCCGCCCAGAUGUUCCUCUUCGGACUGGUCCAUUGCGAUCCUCAUCCCGGAAACAUAUUCAUCCGCCGGCAACCCAACGGCUCCCCAGAACUCGUCCUGAUCGAUCAUGGCCUGUACGUCUCCAUGAGCCCCAAACUCCGCAGACAGUACUGCCAGUUCUGGAAAGCAAUCAUGACCUUUGACAACGACACCAUCAGCGAGAUUACCAGCGCAUGGGGUGUCAAAGCCCCUGAUCUCUUCGCGUCCGCUACGCUGAUGCGUCCGUACACUGGCGGCGACGGUUCAACUAGAGGCCGCGUUACCGGUGAACUCAAAGGCAAGACGGCUUCCGAGCGGCAUUUUGAGGUGCAAGAGCGCAUGCGCCAAGGUAUGCGCGAGCUCCUCGACGACGAAGAAAACUUCCCGCGCGAGCUCCUCUUCAUCGGCCGCAACAUGCGCAUCGUGCAAGGCAAUAACCAGUUUCUCGGGUCGCCCGUCAACCGGAUCAAGAUGACCGGCUGGUGGGCGAGCCGGAGUCUCGUGGACGAUACUGGGCUUGGGUGGAGAGAGCGAUGGGCAAACGCUUGGCGGCACCUGCUGUUCCGGUUCGUGCUGCUGGGGAGUGACUUUGUGUUCUUGGGGAGUAAGGUAAGGCAAAUGCUGGGGUGGGGAGGGGGCAUGGAGGAUGAGCUGGAGAAGCAGAUGCGGUAUAUUGCGAAGGAUCAGUUUGGGGUUGAGCUGCAGCAUGCCAUUUUCGAGGGUUGA